AUGCGCUCGCCGGCAUCGAGCGAGCACGCCCUGUCCGACGAGUGGCUUGCUGUGUGGACGCCUUCUUGUGGCUCUCGCCGAGAGCGUUUUGCGUCCCGGCGGGUGGGAGAAUAUGUGUCGUCUGAUGCGGUCGGCGUCGCGGUGGACGCGCUGCUCGAGCGGGCGCCGAACCCGCGCCGCUGCGAGAGAGGCGAGGUCUUCAAGGGCCCGGUGACCGUGCUCGUAGAUGUGAAGGACGAGAGCGGCGCAGUGAUCGGUCAAGUCGAGCGCCCCAUGACGCUGUCGGACGCGAAGAAGGCGAAGGGCGGCUUCCACGCCAGGGUCCAAGCCAUCAACGCGUGGCUCGCCGCGGCGCAUCCCGAUGUACCGCUCAUCCCCGAGUACUGCGCCGGCUGGGCCGUGCCCGGCGUCUACCUGCGGACCGACAAGGACGGCAAGCGGAAGGACGAGUGCAUGGCGGACUUUCCGUCGGAGAAGCGGUGGAGCGGCGAGUGGUGGCGCUUCUGGCGGGAGCACAUCGAGCCGGCGAUCGCCGGCAAGGUUCCGGGACCCCCGCGCAAGUCGGUGUACCGGAAACUGUCCGAUCUGCGGGAGGGUCCGGCGCCGGCGCCCGAGAGUGCAGAUGCGGCAAGCGGCCGCAGGGCCAAGCGGCAGAAGCUGGGCCCGGCCGCGUCGGCAGGCGCGGCCGGCAGCCAUUCGGCAAGCGCGGCCGAGCUCGUGGGCGCCGUGGUCCCGGAGCCGCUAGUCGCCGAGGCGGAGGGCCUGCGGCUGCACCUCUCGAGCAGCAGUGCCACCGGGUACAAGGGCGUAUCAGCGCAGCGCGGUGUGUAUGGCUCGCGCUUCCGGGCGAAGCACAAUGUGGACGGUAGACAGGUCUGCUACGGCUACUUCGGCACGGCAGUGGAGGCGGCGGUGGCGUACGCGCGGGCGGUCGGGGAGUACCAGCCUCCGGCUCAUCCUUCUCCGGCGGUGGCUGCAGAAGCGGAAGGCUUGAGAUUGCACCUCUCCAGCAGCAGAGCCACCGGGUACAAGGGCGUGCAGCAGUGCCCCUCCGGCCGCUUCACGGCGGGGCACAAUGUGGACGGACCAGAGGCGACUCUUCGAGGAGGGUCGAGCGGCGGCAUCGUCGACGUCGAUUGCGCGGUGGACGCUCUCGUGGCGGCGGUGCUCGCUGGAGCCCCCCGCGCUGUGCAGGACCCUUGGGGCUGCUUUGGGCUGCAGCGGUUGACGGGCCGCGAGGCGAGCCGGAAGCGGUACCUGCAGCUGGUGCGGCGGCUCCACCCGGAUCGGUGCGGCCACCCGCGCGCCGGAGAGUGCUUCGCGCUCGUCGAGGAGGCGUGGCGUGCCAUCGAGGCGCACGGGGAGGGCGGAAGGAGCGCCGGAUAGCUUCGGCGACGUUCACGUACCGUUUACCCCGAAAGUGGCCGCUGGGGCGCGUACUGAGUUGCCACACAGCGGUUGCUGUCCGCAGGGCUGUUGAGACUGUUGAGUGUUUUCUGGAGAAACGGUGUCACUGA